AUGGGCCAGACUAGGUGGACUAUCGUGCCAUGGCUCAUGCUGGCCUGUGCCGCAGCCACCGCGUCGGCAGAUAAGCGGCCUUUCAAUAUCCACGAUGAUCUUCUGGCCUAUCCACAGUACCAAUUAACCUUCCCAGAAGAAUAUAUCCUUCACUCUCAAGCCGAAGAGUUGCUUCGCACACAAGCCAGCUCCGACAGCCCUUCGAACAACCCUCAGGUGUACACACCCAAGGACUCCACCGAUGACUCCACGCGGGGUGGCGAGGAGGUCGCCCGACCAGACUAUACUUACGAAGAGAUGAUUUUGGAUGACCGGCGACUCCUUUGCCAAAUACCACGCGUGACGGUUGAAUCCAACAAGACGAACAGCCAAGCGGACGAAGUAGACGAACAGAAGGAGCUGGCCCGCGCGACAGACCGCGGUCUUGAGCUUUUACGCGAAAUGGAGGACAAGUGCAUGUACUACUUCUCCGGCUGGUGGUCGUACUCAUUCUGCUACCGAAAGCAGAUCAAGCAAUUUCACGCACUCGCCGCAGGCCGUGGCGUCCCAAAUUAUCCACCCAUGGAAGACCCGAACACUCAUUCCUUUGUCUUGGGGCAAUUCCCCGCCGAAGCAAAUGACAAAGAAAAAGGAACUCAGGAGCACAAACAGACAUACCCGACCGACGUGGCAGAACUACACACCAAAGGUGGCUCGCGCUAUCUUGUGCAACAUCUACGUGGUGGCACCAAAUGUGACUUGACUGGACGCGACCGCAGAGUCGAAGUGCAGUUUCACUGCCAUCCGCAGUCCACGGACCAGAUUGGAUGGAUCAAAGAAUUGACCACCUGUUCCUACCUUAUGGUUAUCUACACACCUCGACUCUGUGACGACAACGCCUUUUUGCCGCCUCAGCAGGAUGAAGUCCAUGAUAUCGAAUGUCGUGAGAUCCUGAUGCCCGAGGAUGUCCCCGAGUGGGAAGCCGUGAAAGAGUGGUUUACGUCUCACCAAUUAGAGGAUUCAGCAGCGGCGGCCGCCGCCGUCCAGUCCCCACCUGAGUUUCAAAUUGUCGGAGGGAUCGUGGUGGGCGGGCAAAAGCUCGUGGGCAUGGAGGGUAAGCAGAUUGAGAAGGGCCGAGUGGCAUCUGCAGGCGAAGAGCGCGUUGUGGACGUUGUUGCAAAACGCGAGAACGGGAAGAUGAAACCCGCAUCCUCGCAGGUGCUGAAGAAAUACGACCUCAGCCCCGAAAGAGUUGAAGAAAUGGGGAAAAGACUAGAGGAGUUGGCCAAGGGCAAAGACUGGAGCCUGGAAGUGGUCGAGAGCGAUGGAGUGAUCAAAUUCCAGGGCGUUGUCCCCGAUGAUGAUGAGGCACCGCCGCAGCAGAAUGAAAACAAGGCUGCACCCCAAGCUAAAGACACCAAAACUACAGAACCCAAGGUACCUGAGCACAGGGCCGGCGAUGAUUCGAAAUCACAACCGGUAACCCCAGAUACGGAGGCUGACGACGGGGAAGGAAGUGAGGAAACCUUCAAAGAUGAACUAUGA